UUACCACCGGUCCGUCCGGUUGGUGUGGCGCCCUGAGUCGGAUGUUCCGACGCAGCCGGGUUGCUCCCCUCCAGACCAAGCCCCCUGACCUCCCUGCACCCGCGCCGUCCCUGGGAACGAGAGACGGUUAUGGGACAAGAAAGAGGUGGUCCGCUUGUCCUUGGACAUCUCGAUCCCAAAACGCAUCCAGGACUGCCGAGUCCAAUAGAGUGCCGACUAGGAAGCCUCGCGUACUAAGAUCCAACCGAAUUGCUCCCGUCGGCGAUCAAGCUGCCAUGUCUUCACGGGGACUGGGCAUGCACAAGACCGCAGCUGUGGCCGACUUAGCGGAGUUAGACCAAAUUUUGCAGGACACCCUGCCUGAGAAGUCCCCACCGAAACUACUAGGCCGCCUGGCGAGCCUUUGGAGCUGUUGCACCGGAAAGAGAGGCGGCUCAACGCUCGAAAGGUCUCCUGCCUCCAGACCGUCUCGUCGGGAGACCCAAGAUGAAGAGCAGCCGGUAGGCCAGACCACUGAGGCAAUGAGUCGGCCGACUCCCGAUGAGAAAGUGGGAUGCUGUCCCCUUGCGAGACGGGUGACCGUCGCACCCGCCACGUCUCCUAUGUUCUGGGUUGGGAGUCGAGAUGGUAGCUCCCAGAGUAACAGUAGCGCGAGAGACGAAAUAGGACAAAUACAGAAUACAGGAAGGCAAGGUGCCUUAAAACAGCAAAAUCAUCAAAAUCUGACAACCGUGGCUCACGAGCAAAGUAACGUGAUUGCUGAGGACAUACGGAAGGCUUCUCUCAAGUUGCUAAGUGGAACAAACAGUAAGCCUCGAAGCAAUGAGCCCCUUGAGCGAAGUGACGACGACGAUGGUGAAUAUGCCGGAGCUCCCUCCAUUGACAAGAGAGACCUGUGCUUCGCCUGUAAGGAUCGCCGUAGCCCGAAGAUUCUCGGCCGGGGACAGAGCGGGGUGGUCGGCCUGAUGCAGUACCGUAAGCCCACUGGAAGCUCAUCGCUGGUCGCGGUAAAGCGGUACUUGGCGAGGUCCCGUUCUGCCAUGGCCAAGGAAAUCAGGGCCCUGCGGGCGGUGGACCACUGCCCCAUCUUCCCAGAGCUCGUGGGGAUCAUCUCCGAAUAUUCCUUUGCACAGAAGUUCCUUGGGGACCCGAAGACAUUCCAGACGCUGAGCAUCGCCGAGGCACUGAUCACGGGCGAGCCUCCGAUCUCAAGUGAAAACUGGGCCUGGGUCCUUUGUGACGUCAUCACAGGGUUGUCUGCCCUCCACCAAUCAGGCUGGGCCCACUGCGACCUGCAGUGCAACAACGUGCUGCUCUGGCGGGACUGGAGCCAAUCGGAUGACUCUGGAGAGAGGUGGCACGGCCGAAUCAUCGACCUGGGAAACGCGCAAAGGUUGACGGGGCCCUUGUACUACCUGACGCUGUCGCCCAUGCAGCAGGACGCCCUCUACCGCUUGAGCGGUCAUAUUGCGCCUGAGGUGGUGGAGGGUGUUAUGCCGUAUGGCGUCGAGUCAGACAUUUACAGCAUGGGGGUCCUGAUGAGAGACGUCGCUCGCUCAUCCUUCGAGAUGUUUGAACUCAUACUGGCUUCCUAUGCGUGCACGGAUGCCACCCCAGCGCAGAGACCAACCCUAGAAGCCCUCCUGGUAGAAGUGGACGCCUGGUUGCGAGACCAUACCGGGCACGGCUUCUUGUCAUAGUGGAGCCACUAAAUGGGGUUAUUGUUUUUGUGUAAUUCAAGAUUAACCUCCGCUUCGUAUCUGUCGUGGGCGUUGGUUUUCACUGUCAUCAGUUUAGUCUCCCAUCGAGGGUAUCCAGCCAAAUGCAGCUCCGUCGUCUUCCAAUACUGUCUGACGCUAAAGCCAACUUUCAGAUUAUAUUCACUUUGGCCCUUUGUAGAUGAAAACAUUUGGAGAUUUGUCUGAAGCCCAGGAUUAAACCAAAGACUUAAAGGAACCAUGUGAAAUUGGGGGAAAUUUCACAGUCUACGGUGGCCAUGUGGUGUAAAAUUAGGACAUGAAGUCCUGCACCCAUUUUACUCUUUAAUACAAAAAUCCAUGGCUGUGCAUCAUAAAUACAAUUUAUUUGGUCUCCAAUACUGCAGUGAAUCCGAUCUGACCAUACAAAGUUGCCAACUUCUCGUCUAAACAAUGAAGGCUACAUGUACACGUACUUUCUUUGUGCUGAGACCUUCCAGUAUAACCAACAGUUUGCAAGCGGAUUUCACAUCACAUCUGACGACGAGUCUAAGUUUUUCCAAUCAACUAUUCGUGUCCGUAUCGAUUAAAGAUGGCAAAUUAUUUCUUAGCCAUUGCAAGUGAAUUGAAUCGUUUGCUUUCCCGACUUCCAACUACACACUUAGUCGGUUGAAGUAUUUUCCAAUCUCUAUAUACACUCCGGCCCAUUUGACCAGUGGAAGAUUUUAUCUUAAAAAACAAUACCCUUGUUUGAUUGCUCGUGUCAGAGCGGAAUCUGGAAAGGCAAGAAAUCUUAAACAUUGCCUUGGCCUUUUUUAAAAUCGUAACAGUAUGGACGAUAUUUUACAAUUUCGUUUUGAAUUCGCUCUAGGGGAUGCUGACCAGCAUUUCAUAUCCUUUAACCUUUCCGACGCAAAAAAAAAAAAUAUGGUGAAUUUGUAAAAGUGCCUUCAUCUGUGUUUCUUAUCUGGGCGUGAAAUAGAAGUGAAGAUGUUUUUAGCCCAAAGGUCUUUUCUGUCCAAAAUGUGUUUACUGUCAAGUUGAGAAUAAACGCGUUUUGUUCCGAUUUAAAAACAAAUUCUUGUUUUCUGUCAUGUUGAAGAUCUCUAAGACUCCUGACCGUUUAUUUCUGUUGCUACAUAAUUUUGCAGCACAUGCUUUUUAUAUUUCG